AUGGCGUGGGCCACCGGCUGGCCGAUGGGCGGACAAGCAGACCUGGGGCAGCGGGCGACCCGCCCGGCAGGCAGGGCCCCUUGGGUGGCAGCUACAGCCCAGCCCCAGCUGAGGUUUCUUCAGGAAGUGGACAUCUGGGCCAUCCCCAUGGCAGCCUUCCUGUCUGCUGGCCUCAGCCUCCUCGCACCCUCGGAAACCUACCCGCUGCCAGUGACCAGCUCCAGUUGGGAGCCCCGCCUGGGGGCGCCGUUUCCACAGGGCCCUGGCACCAGCUCCUCUGCAGAGGCCCACACCGUGGCUGAGCCCCCUGGACAGGGACCCAAGAACCCGCGUGUGUCCAGCGUGACGGUUCAGCUGGAGAUGAAACCCCUGUGGGAAGAAUUCAACCAGCUGGGCACCGAGAUGAUUGUCACCAAGGCGGGCAGGAGGAUGUUCCCCACCUUCCAGGUGAAGAUCCUGGGCAUGGACACAUUGGCCGACUACGCCCUGCUCAUGGACUUCAUCCCGCUGGACGACAAGAGAUACAGGUACGCCUUCCACAGCUCAGCCUGGCUGGUGGCGGGCAAGGCUGACCCGGCCACGCCUGGCCGCGUGCACUUCCAUCCGGACUCACCAGCCAAGGGCGCCCAGUGGAUGCGUCAGAUCGUGUCCUUUGACAAGCUCAAGCUGACCAACAACCUGCUGGACGACAAUGGCCAUAUCAUCCUCAACUCCAUGCACCGCUACCAGCCGCGAUUCCACGUGGUCUUCGUGGACCCGCGGAAGGACAGCGAGCGCUACGCCCAGGAGAACUUCAAGUCCUUCGUGUUCACAGAGACCCAGUUCACGGCGGUGACCGCCUACCAGAACCACCGGAUCACCCAGCUGAAGAUCGCCAGCAACCCUUUCGCCAAGGGCUUUCGAGAGAGUGACCCGGACUCCUGGCCUGUGGCCCCAGGGCCCCUGCUCAGUACCCCAGCCCGGAGUCGCAGCAGCCUCAGUCCCUGCCUGCUGGCAGGCGCCACAGAGCAGGAGAAAGACCCCAACAAAGCUUCAGCCUCCACCUCCAGGACCCAUGUCCGGCUCCACCAUCAGUUGCUGCCCUCUCCUGAAGCCCUGCUGGCCCCGGCCACCUAUAGGCCCCUCACUUACCAGGGCCUGUACCCUGGAGCCCCAAGCCAUCUUGGGAUUUCAAGGACCCGACCAGCACCAUACCCUCUCCCCAACAUCCGGGCUAAUGGAGAUCAGGGCACCCUGACCCUCCCAGCUGGGCUGGGGCUGCUGUCCCCAGUCACUGCACACCUGGGACCUGGCCAGGACUCUCAGUGAUGGCAAAAGCCCUUCUACCCUGGACCCUCACCCAUGUGAGAGCGUCUCCACCCUACCCCCUGCAGCCCCUCCUGUGCAGAGGCCCCUCUCCACAGAGAGCAGGGUGGCUGGAAGCCCUGUCACAGCCAGGCUGGGACCUGCCAGGCUUGGAACCAGUCUUCCUCCUUCCCACCCCAGCAAUCUAGAAUCUUGACCCCUUCAGCCUUGGGGGUGAUUCCCCCAAACUCUUCUCUCACCUCUCUCUUCCUCCACCAUUA